UUGACUAUUUAUUCUUGGAGAAUACAGCAGGAAAAUAUCUUAGUUAUGUGUAUCUUUGAAAUGUUUUUGGGGCGAAACUGCUGUUAAAAUUGAUGCCGUCGUUCUAUUUAUGUUGCAAAUUGUUUAUGCACAAUUUAUGACGUGAGCAAGAGCGACAGUGACACGUGAUUAGCAAGGAAUUUUGUUCGAUUCGCCUUUGUUGGGCCGCUACUAGACAGUUGAAGAUGAAGAGACUACAUGACUCAAGAUGAGCAAGGGUGGAUUGGAUUUUAGCAGCCCCCUGUUCGGUCCAACAUGUAAUGAUGACAAUAACAAAUUGAAGUUGAAGAAAUCCUCACUUGAUUCCAGAAAUGGUUCAGAUGAAAAGAAAUAUGAUGUAGAAGACAGCGGAUCAGGUUCUAAUUCCAGUGGUUCAAGUUCAGAUUCAGAUUCUGAAUCUGGAUCUGGCUCGGGAUCAGGGUCAGGGGGAGAAGAUGACCAGAAGUCUGCCAAGUCCAGUGCUUCAGAUAGCUCCUCAGACUCUAGUCAGGGCAGCGAUGCAAAGUCAGAGAGUGAGUCAAACAGCGACGAGGAUAAUGACACUAAGAGACUCAAGUUAGAAAUUACCACUUCUGACUCGCAGGAUGUGCCAUCCUCUACGGGCAAGAAAGGUCGUCCUCGCAAAGCAAAUAUUGGGGAACUCAAGGAGAUUGUAGAACAGAAUCCUGACCUGUAUGGACUGCGACGGUCAGGUCGAGCCAAGAAGGAGCCCAUCAGAUACACCUCAAUAAAUGAAAGUGAUGAUGGAGAUUCUGCAGGCAGGAAACGAUCAAGAAGGAAAGAGUCUGGAGAAUGGGACGGCAGCAGUGACAGUGACAGUGGAUCCAGUGAUGGUUAUAAAGCUGCUAUUUCACGACAAAAACGAGCUCCGCAGUCAAAAAGAUCGUCACGUCGACCAGUAAAGACACAAAAAAGACGAGCAGCAGGAGGUAAACGGAGAGAGAGGCGUCUCUCUGACUCGUACGAUUCUGACAGUGAUGAAGAUCGCAGAGUAUCUUUUAGAAACACCACCAGUAAAAUUAGUUACAAGGAGGCGUCGGAUGAUCACACCGACUCAGAUGACUUGAUAGAAGUGGCAGCAGGAGAUGAAGGGGCAGAACCUGAAGUUGAGGACAACAGAGAGUGUAUUGAGAAAGUCCUUGGUGAUAGGAUAGGACGUAAAACAGCUGUCGGCAGUAAGACGACUAUCUACAAUGUGCAGGACAAUGGUGAUCCUAACGAUGGCUGUGACCCACAGACCGAGGAAACGUCCCAGCAGUACCACAUCAAAUGGAAGAACUGGGCUCAUAUCCAUAACACGUGGGAGUCAUACGAGAACAUCAAGGAACAGAAAGUUCAUGGAAUCAAAAGGCUGGAGAAUUACAUCAAGAAAACUAACGAGAUAAAAGAAUGGAAAGAGCAUGCCUCGCCAGAGGAUCAGGAUUACUACGACAUUCAGCAGGAAAUGAUGGAGGAGCUGUUUCACCAGUACCGUAACUGUGAACGAGUGAUAGCCCAUUCCAAUCAGAAAAUGGCUAAUGAAAAUAAUGGUUACCCUGACUACUUGUGUAAAUGGAACGGUCUGCCCUACUCUGAAUGUACAUGGGAGGAAGGCGAACUUGUCUCCCGCAAAUUCCAGUCAGCUGUUGACGAGUACCAAGCUCGUAACAAGUCACAAAAAAUUCCCACAAAGCUUUCAAAGGUUCUUAAGUCCCGUCCUAAAUUUGUACCCCUCAAGAAUCAGCCAAAGUUCCUAGGAGGUGUUGAGUCACUAGAGCUGAGAGACUACCAGUUAAAUGGAGUUAACUGGCUCAUGCAUGCUUGGUGCAAGGAGAACAGUGUCAUCCUGGCAGAUGAGAUGGGCCUGGGAAAGACUAUACAGACAAUCUCAUUCAUCUCCAUUCUCCACAAUACCUACCAACUUCAUGGCCCUUACCUCUUGGUGGUACCCCUCUCAACUGUUGUUGCCUGGCAGCGCGAGUUUGAAACCUGGGCGCCCGAGAUGAAUGUUGUAAUAUAUAUGGGAGACAUCAUAAGUCGCAACAAGAUCAGAGAGUUUGAAUGGUGUCAUCCUGGAAACAAAAGAUUGAAAUUUAACGUACUUAUUACUACAUAUGAAAUCUUAUUGAAAGAUAAGUCCUUCCUUGGAGGUGUACAAUGGGCAUUCCUUGGGGUUGAUGAGGCUCAUCGCCUCAAGAAUGAUGACUCCCUCCUGUACAGAUCCUUGUUUGAUUUCCACUCCAACCAUCGUCUCCUGAUCACAGGGACUCCACUGCAGAACUCUCUGAAGGAGCUCUGGGCCCUACUUCACUUCAUCAUGCCUGACAAAUUCGGACAUUGGUCAGACUUUGAGAGAAUGCACUCAUCAGAGAACAAAACAGGAUUUACCAACUUGCACAAAGAGUUGGAACCUUUUUUACUUCGCCGGAUGAAAAAAGAUGUUGAAAAGUCACUGCCAGCAAAAACUGAACAAAUACUACGUGUGGAGAUGACUUCACUACAAAAACAAUAUUACAAAUGGAUUCUCACAAAAAACUACAAGGCGCUAUCAAAAGGUCUUAAGGGUAACAUAGGAAGUUUUGUGAACAUUAUAAUGGAAUUGAAAAAAUGUUGUAACCACACGCAGCUUAUCCGUCUGCCGGAUGAUGAUGUUGGUAUGGACAAGUUCCAGGCCCUAAUGAAGGGCAGUGGCAAAUUGUUGUUACUUGACAAACUAUUGUGUCGGCUAAAGGAAACGGGACACCGAGUGCUAAUAUUUUCUCAGAUGGUACGCAUGCUUGACCUGAUCGCAGAUUAUCUCAAGGCCAGACAUUUCAAUCACCAGAGGCUGGAUGGCUCUAUACGAGGGGAUUUACGAAAGGCAGCUUUAGAUCAUUUCAAUGCACAGGGAUCACCGGACUUUUGUUUUCUGUUGUCAACAAGAGCAGGUGGCCUGGGCAUAAAUCUGGCCACGGCCGACACUGUAAUUAUAUUUGACAGUGACUGGAAUCCGCAGAAUGAUCUUCAGGCCCAAGCCAGAGCCCAUAGAAUAGGCCAAAAAAAUCAGGUGAGUGUAUACAGGCUGGUCACAAAAGGCAGCGUGGAGGAAGACAUUGUAGAGCGAGCGAAACGUAAAAUGGUGCUCGACCACUUGGUCAUCCAAAGAAUGGACACAACUGGCCGGACAGUGCUUGACCGUGGCCAUGUUCCUUCUAGUAAUGCUACACCAUUCAAGAAGGAAGAGUUGAGUGCCAUUCUGAAAUUUGGUGCCGAGGAGUUGUUCAAAGAAUGUGAUAGUGAUGAAGAGGAACCACAGGUUGACAUUGAUGAGAUCCUACAGCGUGCAGAAACUAGGGAAGUAGAACCAACAACAGCAGGGGAUGACCUACUCUCACAGUUCAAAGUUGUCAGCUUUGACAACUUGGAGGAAGAGGAAAUUGAACGCCUUGGGGAAAGUAACCAUGACGAAAAUGGUAAAAUGUGGGAUGAAAUAAUUCCGGAGGGUGACAUCCGUAGAAUUGAGGAGGAGGAGAGACAGCAACAAUUACUGGAACUUAACCUGCCACCCCGCAGUAGGAAAACUAUACAACAGCUCCAACAAGAAUAUGAUUCAGACGAAAACAAGAAAAGGAGGAAAAAGAAGAAUGAUGCAGAUGAGUCUGAUUCAAGUGAUGAAGAAGAGGAGGAGGAUAGACCAAAGAAAAGAGGUCGUCCAAGAACUAUUGCCAAGGAGGCUGUGAAGGGAUUCACUGACUCUGAAAUUAGGAGGUUCAUCAAAAGCUUCAAGAAGUUUGGACAUCCAAUGACCAGACUGGACUCUGUGGCGUGUGAUGCAGAACUCCAGGAGAAGUCAGAAUCGGACUUGAAGCGGUUGGCUGAAACAUUGAAGCACAGCUGUGAGGUGGCAAUGGAGGAACACAGAAACAAGUUAGAAGGGGACCCAAACUUUGAGGCUGGAAAGAAAACACACAGGGGGCCAACUCUGAAGAUUUCUAGUGUAACAGUUAAUGCCCAGUCCUUGAUGAAGGCAGAGCAGGAGCUAGAACCACUCGCUGUAGCAAUACCCUCCAACAAGGAAGCCAAGAGCAAUUACCGUCUGACUGCACAUGUGAAGGCUGUCCAUUGGGACUGUCCAUGGGAUAUAGAGGAAGACAGCAACUUACUCAAAGGAAUCCAUGAGUAUGGCAUGGGUAGCUGGGAGGCGAUAAAGAUGGACCCCUGCCUUAAUCUACAUGACAAGAUACUGCCAGACGGUGGGGACCUCAAACCGCAGGCCAAACAUUUACAGACACGAGCCGAAUACCUCCUCAAAGUGCUCAAACGACAGUUUGAUAUCGAGAAGCAUGGCAUAGCACCAGCAACCAAAACAAAACGAAAAAGAAAACCUGUUUUAUCUAAAGCUGAAGUGAUAGAAAAAGACUUGUCUGAUUCUGAUGGUGGUCAGCAUCACUCUGUUAAGGACGAAACCACCCUAGACAGUAUUCCAGACAGUCCUGUUAAGAAAAGAAAGAAAAAAGACAGUAGUGAAAAGGAGGCAAAGUCGCACAUGGCAGAUGACGAAGACACUAAGGAUUCUCUCGACUUCCAUAGAGAAACAAAGAAAAAGAAGGUUAGAACAGGAGCAAAGACGAAAAACAAGAAGAACAAAUCUGGUCCUGUGCAUAUCACUGCCGAAAAGGAGCCAGUGGCAAUAGCAAUGGAGGUGGAAUUCGGUGCAGAGUUACCAUCUAAUGUCUUCGCUAAGUGUAAGGAGAUGAUGAGACCGGUAAAACGUGCUCUGAAGCGUCUAGACAACCCAGACGAGGGGCUCACUGAGAAAGAGCAGGUUGUGCACACCAAACAUUGUCUUCUCAAAAUUGGAGACCGCAUCAAUGAAUGUCUGGCAGAGUACAAUGACCCGGACAUCAUCAAACAAUGGAGAAGUCAUCUUUGGAUAUUUGUGUCAAAGUUCACAGAAUUUGAUGAUCAAAAACUACACAAGUUGUAUAAACGCGCCUACAGAAAACGGGAAGAGGACAAAGAGAAGGAAGAUAUUGAGCCUCAUUCUCAGGAGCGACACCAUCACUCCACCACCUCUCACGACAAAUCUGGCCACAAGCGGACAGUAGACCAUGUAGACCAUGUGAAAAAGGAACACUCUCAGAAACAUAACAGUGGGGACCACUGGAGCAGUAAAGAUCACAAAAAUUGUAAUAGUAAUGGUCCCUGGCCUAGUGCAGUGUCGAGAGGAGUGCGAGACAAUCAGCGCACUGACUCUAGUCCCGCUGAUAGGUGGACACAAGCCAGUCCACUAGCCCGGCCUGACGAUCCAGCCAGAAAUAGGUAUGGUGAAGGUGGUGGGGCUGGCACCUAUAAACGACCAAAGCAACACCAAGAUGGUUACAGGGGAUUUCAUGCCAGCGAACACAAAUAUGGAGCUGGAGAUAGUCAUCAUAGAUUUAACAGUGAUAGUAGGAGGGAAUAUUCGUCUGGAAGUCAGAAAGCAUUUCAUCGUGACAACACCUCUACAUUUCACCACCAUGACCGGCAGGAUCAUCACAGCACUGGUAAAUACAGGUCAGACUACCGCAGUGAUCGCAAUGAUAGGAAUGACCGAGGUGGAGACUACCAACGGCCAGACUAUGGUCAGUUUGGUCACCGUGACUACGGAGGUGGUGGAGGCUCGUCAAGAAGUUUCACAAGACCAAGUGGUGAUAAUUACAUUUCUCAUUCCGAGCGGAAAAGAAAAAGUGACAAUUUUGAUAAUAGACGAUCCUAUAGUGGUUUAAAAGACCCUAGACUUGCUGAUGACCACAGUAAUGAUGGGUAUACAGGCAGUGAGUCGCACGGGAAACACUGACGAAAGUGGAGCAGCUGAUAUAUCAUUCUUGUCUCAUUACAUUUGUGUUCCUGGUCCAGGAACUGUGCUUAACAAAAUCAGGUUCUUGCAGUGUCCAACACAUACAUAUAUCUGGCUGUAAAGAUUGGCUGAUAUAUAGGAGUGCAUUGCAUGUGAGGACAUCAUCCCUACAUUGUCGUGAUAGGAUUCCAGACUUUCAUGAACUCAUUGCCAGUAAGACAUUUCAUUUUAUCAUCGUCAUCUGUUGCUGAUGUGAAGAACAUGUCUGACAGAGAAUCUCACAUCAUGUUUUUUGUAAGUUUGUUUUGCCUGUAAGAGAGCGAGAGAGAUUGUUGGUGUGUAUAGUGGGAUAAGUGAGAAAUGACAUGAUGGCUAGUACUACAGAGAGUCUGGUAGAUGUGUCCAAACAACAGCUGUAGCCAAUAAUCUUGUAAAUUGUGUUCAUUUCUGAAGUAUUUGAAAGUGUCUUUUUUGGACUUGGUAUUUUAGAUCACUCGUUAAUGGUCAGAGGCUGUCCCUUGUAGCUUCUCCAGCCAGUCUACAGCAUGAACUGGGAAAUUAUUGCCUAAUUAAAUCAGUUCAUAUAAAAAUUUAAAGUUUUAAAGGAUACUUAAACAAAUGUUUCUGAUAGUGCUCUUUAGAAAUGAAUGUCAGUAAAAGUAAAGAAGUAGAAUGGAGGCAAUCUGAGAUGUCCAGAACAAACACAUUUGAAGUCACAUUUUUAAAUUUUGUUUUAAAAUGAAAUACAUUUGAAUUGUAAUACAAAUUGCUCCAGGUGUUGUGGAUGUUUAUGUUUGUGAUUUUUUAAAAUUGAGUGCUACAGGAUGUAUAGCUGAUUUGUUGAUGUCGACAACAACAUGUGAAAAAUUGUUAUUUGUUGAUGUUUUUCAUUUUGAUAUUGUAUAUCAAAUAAUUUAUUUUUAAGGACGUUUAAUGGUUGAUCUGGAUGUUUGAUGCCUGAUUGAUGAAGUAUUUGUAAAGUUUUAUUAUAUGUGCUACAAGAGUGUAGACACUUCUCUGCUUUACAAGAGACUUUGGUAUUGUGAUAAAACUGGAGAUGAAAUGUAGGAAAAUCAAAUGUGUUGAGGUCUUUACACCACCUCAAAUUUGCAAACAUUUCAACUUUAUCAGUUGCUGUUAAACCUUCAAACAAUAAGAAAUUAAAUUGUUUCAAACGGAAUAAAGAAGGGUAUUUUUGUUUCUUUAUAGAUGACCAUCUGAUGAUGGUAGGCUAUGUCCAUCCUCCAUCCAUCUAAACAGUUUGAGUUGUUGCUAUUUCUUGAGAAGUGCUGGAUGGAUCUCCUAAAUUUCAUAUGUAGGUUCGUUCCCCUUACAUACCUAGUUGUACCGACUUGAUGUUGAGACUGGUCAUAAAAUCAAAAUUGCUGACAGGGGACUUGGCAAUGAAAGAUUAUUAUCGCUAUUUCUGCAAAGGUAUGUUCAGAUUUCGUAUCCUAAGGAGGAUAAACAGAGGAGAGAAGAGAAAAUGGGAAAGAAAAAGAUUCAACUUUUAAAGAACAAAUAAAGAUCAAAUAAUGGUGGGUGCCAAGAUUCCUCGGAGAUCUUUUUCUUUAGAUGAUUAUUUAGAGCCGCACUGUCUAAUUUCAUACAAGCCGAUUCUCAAAUUAUACCUGGUUAUGUGAAUCAAAGAAGUGAAAUAAAAAAGAAAGCAUUUCCUUUCAAUAUUGAAAUUGUUUUACAGCUUAGCAGCUGGGGAUACAGAGCAAUAAGGCUGACCAUUUGUAGUAAGUAGUUGAAUACAGCUGCCUCUGACGUCCAGUUUAGAUCAUACACUUUAGACAAGGCAGUGGAUGGUUUGGACUUUGUGCAUAAUGAUUCCUCUUUAUAAAGAAGAAUUGUAACUAAUUUGUUGGUGUCCUGUGGCUACAAUGAUGUAAUGUUGAGUGUGCUUUUUGAUUAUGAUUAAUUUUCAGAUGUUGUGAGAAAUCAUAAAACUAUAAAUUCAAAGAAAAGAACAGUUUUUUUUAUAGUUAUUAGGAGAAUUUUGUCUUGAAAAUGAAAAUGAUGUUGAAGUGGUAAAAUGUACGAUUGAUUUGAUGAUAUAAAGAAAUUUUGUAUAGGGUCAGUGAACAAAUUCAGGAAAACCUAGAAAAAUUGAAACUUGGUGACCUGUUGAAAAGUAACAUUUGAUAUCUACUUAUAUGUGGCAGGACCACUAACAUGUUAUGAUAAAUACCUACGCUGUCUGUUAAUUGUCUGGUUGUUUAUGUUCUCAUGUGUCUUAAUUUAUUCCGUUACAAAAGUGUUCUGGUGUCAUAGAGCUGCAGUCAUCAUUGAAGGGUGCGGAGUUCUGUGGUCACAAGGUCAGAGGUAGUCAACACAGGGGUCACCACUCUAGAGUUAAUGAACACUGGGGUCUCAAGGGUAGGGUUAAUUAACAGUGGAGUCAUCAGUGGAGGGUUGCUGAGUGCUGGAGUCACUAGGUCAGGGUUAAUUAACAAUGGGGUCACCAGUAGAGGAUUGCUAAGUGCUGAGGUCGCAAGGUCAGGGUUAAUUAAACUGGAGGGUUGUUGAGUGCUAGGGUAACUAGGUCAGGAUUAAUUAACAUUGGGGUCACCAGUGGAGGGCUGCUGAGUGCUGGGGUCUCAAGGUUAGGGUUAAUUAAACUGGAGGGUUGCUGAGUGCUGGGGUCACUUGGUCAGAGUUGAUUAACAUUGGGGUCACCAGUGGAGGAUUGCUGAGUGCUUAGGUCACUAGGUCAGGGUUAAUUAACAAUGGGGUCACCAGUAGAGGGUUGCCGAGUGCUGGGGUCUCAAGGUUGGGGUUAAUUAACAAUGGGAUAAUUAGUUCAAGGUUGUAAGUGCUUGAGUUGCGAGGUGAGAGCCAACAUGGUGAUCACAUCUCUUAUUGUAGGGCAUAGAAAACCUUAUAAUGAGUAAACUAGAUAAGGCUUUAUGAUGAGUGAACUCCAUCUACAAUCUAGCAUGACAUGUAAGGAUGAAAUUAGGUGAGAAAACAGGUUUUUUUUUUUAAAGUUGUCUUCUUUCAAUUUUUUAUUUACAUAUACAUGUACCUAAAUAGCAUGUGCCUCUGGAUUUCUGGUAUGAGUAAUAAUUUCUUAUCACAGACUUUUAAAUAGAUCGACUAGAGGAAUGAAGUUUGUGAUAAAUAGGAAGUAUUUUUACUGUUAUAAAGGCAGGUAUUGUGAUCUUAGUUCUUUUAUUGUACAAACCGUACAAGUUAUUUUCUUGUGUAACCCUGACAGCUCUUUAUUCUUACACUUGAGAUAGUGCUACUGAAAUAAAAUUCCUCAAUAGCUCCAGUGAUGAAAGACUACAGACUAUUGCUAAGUGAUUUUUGUCAAGUAUGCUGAAGAGUUUAUGAAGAAAAAAUAUUUGAAUAUUUCAUUCAAACUAUUCAAUUAAGAUUUCAUUUUAAAGUUGCUAUUUGUAGUUACAGCUUAAAUAUUUUUCCGUCCAGUUUUAAAAUCAAAACACACACCAUUUCUUCGAUAGAAAUUUGAGAUGAAAAUGUGUAAAAAUUGAUAAGUCUCCAAAAACAAAUGGAUUAUUGAAAAAGGACUGGGACUUCCUGUAGCUAGUAACCAGAGUGUGUUAGGAGCUGUGUAUGGCUGAUGGAAGGGAGAUUAGUGAGAAUCUACUUACAUCCACUUGACAUCUGUACAUUGAUCAUUAGCUUAUUGUACAUAGCCAAGUCAACAAUAAAACGAAAAAUUAUGACAAAAAAAAUCAAUAAAAAUAAUGAAAUUGAGAACCUUA